AGUAUCCAAAAACACUAAUAACAAAAAUGGCAAACAAUCAAUUCAUCACAGUCAUCUCCAUCCUCCUCCCACUAGUCUUCCUAGCGGCGGCUGCCACCGCCACGGCCCAUGAAAGGCCCGCUAAACAAGACAAAACCGCCACCGUUGUGGUGGAAGGAAAAGUUUAUUGCCAGAGUUGUAAAUACUUCGGAUCAUGGUCUCUCACCGAUGCUGAGCCAAUCCCAGCUGCCAAAGUUAGUGUUAUCUGCAAAAACCACAAGAAACGAGUUAGCUAUUAUAACGCAUUUGAGACCGAUAAAAAUGGGUACUUUUAUGCCGAACUCAAAGAUUUCAAGAUGACCCAUUAUUUAUUGGACCAUCCUCUUCAUUCUUGCCAUGUGAAACUGGUGUCGUCUCCUUUACAAACGUGCAAUCUUUUGUCGAACGUCAACAAUGGUAUCAAUGGGUCUCCUUUAAGAUUUGAGAACAAGGUGGUGUUUGGAAAGAAUUACGAAGCAGUCGUUUAUGGUUCUGGACCACUGGCUUUCCGUCCUACUAAUUGUGAUCCAGAAAUCACUCACUAAACUUUAUAUUGUCGUCUUCGAGUUAAUUUUCUUAUGCUAUCCUCGGUGUAUUAACGUUUUUUAAUGGCGUUUAGUGUUCGACGAUUUUCAAUAUUUAGGGUAUUAAGAAAUAACAACCAUUUUUUA